AUGGCAAAGAGCGAUGCCAAAGCCCGUACCGGACCGUCAUCUGCCUCCCCCAGGCCCUCGGACCCCGACAACAGUGAAUGGCCCGACAACUUCGAGGGCACCGAGCGACAGAAGCGUUCCCUCAAGCGGAUCGAGGCCGUCAUCGGCCAGAAGCCCUGGGAAUGGGGAUGCACCAUGUUGAGCACUCUGGCCAUGAUUCUUGAGCACGCCGACGCCAACCCAGAGUUCGAAAUCACCGAUGUCAAAGCAUUUCUGGGCCACAGCAUUGCUUCUCACGAAGAUGAUUCCGAUCUUUCGCUUCGAAUGAGCGAUAUCAAGGCUGCCAAGGAAAAGUUUGUUGACCCGCAGUUCAAGUCGAUCGCAGCCUCCAGACGCAGGAGCGCUAUUGCCCCAAAGGUGGCUGACCCUGCUCCGAAUGGCGAUGCUGGUGAAGGCGAGCGAGCGGAACCCAGCGACAAGGCCAACGAUGCGACGCAGAAAGAAGGGAAGGGCAAGAAGCGAGUGGAACAAGUCGCCGGGACCGAUGACGAGGAUGAACUCACUGUCGACAAUGACAACCACCAACCCGAACCCGAGAAGUCCAUCCCAGUCAAACAUCAGCUGCCUUUCAUGAUGCCAAAGCCCUCGCAGGCAGCUUCUUCAGCUCAGUUUGCCAGCAACACCGCGUCUGACGCCCGUCCUUUGGCCUCCUCUACAACAAUCCCGGCUGAGAGCCCCAACAUCAAGAAGCGAGAACGGUCUGCUACGCCCACAGGCAUCUGCCCGAGCAAGCGUGCUCGCCAUGAUGAUGGUACAGCCUCACAAGAUUUGUUCGCAACUCGAUCGAGCCUUAUGCACGCUACACCCGCCUUCCUCGAAGCUCUGGCCAAAUACAUCCGAGCCAUAGAGCGCCAACACAUCGAAAUGGGCCAAGAGUUUGCUGAACUUUCCGAGUCGCUCAAGCUGCGAACCGAGCCGCACCGGGGAGCGUUGGACCGCCACAAGUCUGCUCAAGCCAACCUUGCUGCGAUGGAGGAAAGGAUCUCGGUUUUGCUGGCGGAGGAACAGAAGCUCAAGGACUGUAAGAAAACCCUCGAUGAUGCGAAGGAAACGUGGGAGCAGAUCUCAGAAGAGAAGUUUCAGGCGCUCCAAGAGGCACACUGGGACAAGACCACCAUCAACGCCACCGAGCUGCAUCAGGCCGAGUCCGACCGCCAAGCUGCCGCCAUGGAACUCGAACAAGCUCGACAGAUUGCCCUGCCCGCCUUGAUUCUCAUCGACGAGACUCACCCCAAGCUACGGGAGCUAAGCAUGGCUGGGAGGUCACUCAACCUGCAGGCGAAACACCUUGGCAUGCUUCGAAGUCUUGUGGUGCUUGGUGCCCCUGCGAUUGACGCUCUGGAUGGCGAGCUCAAGGCGAGAGGAUUCUCUCUCAAGGACAUUGUACAGCGGAUUGGACAGCACGCGCAGCCCACCAACACCGAGGCUAGCUCUGGACAGCCAUCAUAUGAGCCGACUGCUUAG